UGUUUAGAUCGUGCGAUUUGUCAUGACCAUUUCAUGACCUUAAAUCACCCAGUUAUUAUGACAACUACAUCAUUUGCUUGAGCGCUGGUUUUCAACAGCUGACAUGUUACGAAGAGCAAAUUCUUUCGUAUGCAUCUUUGUCUAAAGUUGAUUCGAUUUGAAGAAGACAGAAAAACUGGUACGCUGUUAGUUGCUGUUAGAUUUCUAUCGCAUGCAUGGUUGGUUUUCGUUAAAUUUUCCUAUAAAUUGAAUCUAACUAAUGUGAUUUGUGUCUAUGCCGGGACACGGAUUUGUUGAAGAAGGAGCUUAAAAGUCGUGGACUUUAAAUACAAUACAAAAUUCUUCUUAUAUAUAAACUGAUUUCCGAUCAAGGUCAGCGGUUUUAGUUCGAUAAAGUGGGUUGUUAUUUGCAGAAGUUGUUAUUGAGUGUAUAAACUCCCAAGCCUGAGACAGCGUUCUAGUUCGAAUGACUUGACCUGCUGUUAGAAUCAAACACAAUAUGUUAACUUCAAUGCAGGUUUUCUGAUUGAACUUGAUGCAGUCAAGAAAGAUUCUUUGUGGUUAAAAAUAUAUAGCCAGUCUAGACACUCGCCUGACAUGAAUAGAAAUGGUCAAGUGAUAGAAUCAACUCAGCGAGUUAGUGUUAUUAAAUGGUUUGGCGUCGAAGACUCAACGAAUGUCUUGCCCAAAGAUUGUAGCUCAUGCAGCUAUACAGCUUCCAACGUUGAGCUCCCAAUUCCUUCUGUAGAAAAAUCACGUAUUUCUGCCGAUACUACCUGUAAAUUUAAAUGCUCGUAUUGCAACAAACCAUUUCGAUGGCAGUCUCAUUGGAAAGCGCACGAGCGAACUCAUACAGGAGAGCGACCGUUUAGCUGCGAUAUUUGUGGGAAAUCCUUUGCCAGAUCUGAUGGUUUACAGUGCCACAAACUAACUCAUGUUACAGCAAAAUAUAAACAAAGUACGAAUUGCAAUUAUCAGGUCUCUCAAAUGGAACAUAGCCCUAACAGUGCAAGAGAUUGUGGUCUUUCUAAGUUAUUAAGUUGUGAUUAUUGCAACCGAGUGUUUUACAGUUCUGCGGGCUUGGUAAAACACAUGCAGUCUCAUAAAGGGAGGAGUAACUUUUCAUGUGAAUUUUGUAACAUGGUGUUCUUGAAGAGAAGUGCUUUGGAGGUUCACAGCAGAGUUCACACUGGAAUAAAGCCGUAUCAAUGUCACAUUUGUAAAAAGGCAUUCUCUAUUCACGGAAAUUUGAAAAGACAUAUGUUAAUCCAUUCCGGAGAGAAGCCUUAUCAAUGUAGCUUUUGCCCAAAACGCUUUAACAAUCCAAGUCAUUUGACAAGGCAUCUCAAAAGUAAACAUGGCGUUUAAUAGGUCUAAAUUUCAUGUUGUUUUUCACUUAUAGCAUAGCUGUUACACAACCGUGUCAAUGAUUAUAUACAAUUGAAGAACAAGUUUUAGAUAGUAUUAAACCUAUUUUUCCAAUUCUAAUUUAUAAUUUAUUGGAUGAAAUCCUAAAUUGCUUCGUAUAUAUUAUACGUGGAACUUCAAAUGUUUGAAGUAGCAUAUUUAUAAGUUCUAAUACAUGAAAAAGUUAUUAUAAUUAUUCUUAACAUAGCUCGCAAUGCAGGAACAUUGUGUUGCAAAGAGCGAAUUGUUAACAUAGUUGACCUCAACAUGAGUUUAGGUACUUGUUCAUAUCCUUGCGCAAUAUGUAACGAUCUACAAUCUACAUUCUUUAAAAGAACUUGACUUA